GAGACCUCUUUACGCUAAGCGAGUUUACGGCACCCGUUACCCACCGCACUGAAAAUUCCGUUUCCAGGAAUGAACCUGAUUAUUGGGGUUUAUUUUAUUUUAUUUUAUUUUUUUCUGCACAAGCAAGAUGGAUUAGCGACAUUGCUUCAUCAGACAGGAGAGAGAGACUGUUGCAUUGCCGCUCUGGUUAGUUAUGUGUAGCCGAGUUAGCAGGCUAGUCAGUUUUCCAGUGUCCGGUUUGUGUUGAUGUGGGGAAGCGUAGUUACCAAUAAACAUCUGAUUAGCAACAAAGCUUAACUUUCAUUCUGUGGCAGAUGACAUUGAAGCAAGAAUCUUAAGUGUUUAGUGCAUACAUGUUCGUUUAAAAAUAACACCAGGUUUGUUUUUUUAGUUUGCUUAGCUAACAGUUGCUUAGCAUACGCAGUUGGUCCACAGCGUGCCUUCAGUCACGUCGCUCAUGUUGAGUUCAAGAGCUGCUGGAAUUAUGGUUCAAUACGAAUUCCCAACCUAGAAGUUAGACACACGUUAAUAACACGAUUAAAUGGUAUUAGUGAAGCACUAGGGUGUAGGAAACAGUCUUUUCUUCAUAGGCCGGUGGUUGGUAGUUUUUUUUUUAAUUAUUAUUAUUAUAUACGUUUAAUGUUGUCAUGGAUUAACUUUGUAUCUGUAACCACUUUGGAGCAGAAUGUAAAUGUACAGAAAAUUAGAUUAAAACAAUACAUAUGAAUUAGGUUAGUUAGAUCUAGUUAAGUGUAUAAGUUAGAGUCGCAUUAGCUUUUCUGAAAGAAAAUCAGUGUCUCUUAAACACAGAAGUGACAGGAAUUGAAGGAGCGCCUGAAGGCUGCAUUAGUGCGGCUCGCGCACCGCCGAGGCGUUGGAGUGAUCAUGGGCACAUAAACGGAGCUUUAACGAAACAAGCUCAGAGAUCAUCAUUAGGACAGUGACAGAGAAUAAUAAAAAACAACCAAAAAUGUCAGCGAGUGGCUUUACAGAUUUACGCGACAAGCUGAAGUCCAUGACUCCGCACAGGGAGAACCACAAAAUCACGAAAGUUUACUCCGAGCACAGCGGCGUUAAGAAGCGCCGGCGCCGCGACUCCGGGGACGAGCACGAGCAGCAGCAGGAGGAGGAGGAGGCGGCGCGCGCGUCGGAGGCGCGCAAAGUGAAGAGCGGGAUCACCCAGGCGCGCGUCUUCACGCCCGAGGAGUGCGCGCGCAUCGAGGCUAAGAUCGACGAGGUGGUGGCCAAAGGGGACCGCGGUCUGUACCGGGAGCACACGGUGGACCGCGCGCCGCUGCGCAACAAGUACUUCUUCGGCGAGGGCUACACGUACGGCGCGCAGCUGGAGAAGCGCGGCCCCGGGCAGGAGCGCCUCUACUCCAAGGGCGAGGUGGACGAGAUCCCGGCCUGGGUGUACGAGCUCGUCAUCGAGCCCUUGGUGGCGCGUGGGAUCAUCCCCGAGGGCUUCGUGAACAGCGCCGUGAUUAACGACUACCAGCCCGGCGGCUGCAUCGUGUCCCACGUGGACCCCAUCCACAUCUUCGAGCGUCCCAUCGUGUCCGUGUCGUUCUUCAGCGACAGCGCGCUCUGCUUCGGCUGCAAGUUCCAGUUCAAACCCAUCCGCGUGUCCGAGCCGGUGCUGUGCCUCCCCGUGCGCCGCGGCAGCGUCACCUUACUCAGCGGCUACGCAGCUGAUGACAUCACACACUGUAUCCGGCCUCAGGACAUCAAGCAGCGGCGAGCGGUCAUCAUCCUCAGGAAGACGAGACCGAACGCACCUCGUCUGGACACGUCUCUCAGCCCUUUCUCCAGUCCCGCUUCAGAGCGACGACACGUGCUGAAAGCAAAGCGCUCACACCGUAAAGCUGACCCUGAUGCUGCACACAGGCCUCGUAUAUUAGAGAUGGAUAAAGAACAGCAGAGGCGUUCACUCCUCCUCCAGCAGAGUCGUCAUGGCGACGAUGAGGACGGUUCCUCUGAGAACUCGAGGAGGAGAGUGGUGAACACGUCGUCGUCCUCGUCCCACUCUGAACACACUUCCUCAUCUCGCAGAGUGAAGAUGAGACGCCACUGAAGACCUCCGACCGUUAACACUCGACUGUUAGUAGAAAGCGCAGCGUGCGGAUUGGGACACGCCCCGGCGAGGAGAGCGCGGUGUCACCGCGGCUGUGUUUUAUUUAUACGGUUUUGUAAGGAAAGGGUGUGUGAAUAGAGGGAGAUUUUAGUUUUAGACCUCGUUAUCCACUUGUUAUAGCAGUGUUAGGAGCAAAACCUCUGCAGUAACACAAUCAAAAAAUAAUUAUCUGUUCUGUUUAAGGAUUUAAAUCUGGUCUGCUUUAUGCUGUUUAUCGAUUUCUGGCACCUUCUUGAACCGGCGUCUCCUCAGUUUUAUCUACCUACGAAGGAUCUGUAUGCGUCUGAAGAUUCCCGAGCCGUGGUGUGCAUGCACAGUGUGAGUUUCAGGGAUGAGUCUAUAUCACGUUCAACUUAAUUCUACAAAUACCAGGAGGGGCGCUACGUCUUCCUGUAAAACAUCUGUACAGCGUUUAAACCGAGCGGCGUUAGCGAGCAUAUUCGAUUAACAAGGUGACAUGAAUCGUGUGCAGCAGAAACUGAUGGAUUGUCACACGUGAGCGCUGGGACACGCCCACUUCCUCAUCGUGAUGUACACCUUUGUCGGUUCAAGACCUUGAUUUUUAGUGACCACGUGUACCAAAGAGACUUGGGUCUGGGAGACGGUAUCGAUGCAUUCCCUGGUUCGGUUAUCAGUGCAGAAGAAACACACAGAAACGUCUGAUCCGUACAGACACGUGCAAAAAAAUGAUGGAUUAAUGAUGCUAUUGUUAUGAGGCAGUAUUUCUAUUUUGUGCUGCUCUCUUUGCUUUAUUUUUGUUUGUUUGUUUGUUUUUUGAACAGAGGAAGGAAUUUUCUCUUCUGUGAGUUUUCAGAUCUCCUCCACCCGAUGAGAUCGGAUACGGAUCAGACAUUUAAAAUCAGUAUUCAGAUAGAGCUGAACACAUCAUUUAAGUAUUUAAUUUGUUCUGUUAGGAGGAGAAAAUCCCUUCAGGGUGAGUCUUUAAAAAGCCAGGAUGGACGUGAAAGCCGUGAGUUUGAGUCGAAUUGAGUUGUCGAAUUUCUCUACGCCUGUAACAAAGUUCUAUUUUGGAAAAUGACUUGAAGACUCGUGGAGGCUCUGUAAUGAGAAAUGGGUAUUUUUGCAGCAGCAGAGAUGUACAGGCCUGAAAGAAAUUAAAAGAUGAGUUUUAAAGAAAAUGCCGAGUGUGCAGUGAUUUCUGUUCGGAGAUUUUAUUCUAAAUAAAAUAGUUAUGAUUUCUGAAGAUUAUUCAGUUCAAGACAAUAGAUGGUGUUUAAUCUGUAAUAAUAAAAUCCACACAGUUCUUUUCAGUGAAGAUAUAAUGUUCCACGAUAUUAAUACGCUGCUAUAACUGAAAU